UUUCAUAUCCUCAACAAGCAGCGCAUCUCUUUUUCACAUCCUUCACUUGUUGGAGAUAGACAAAUCUCCUGGUUCAUUUCUAUCUCAUUUUCUGAGAUAGAAUCAGAACUGGGAUUGUCCUUCAUUCAGAUUCAAUACAACAGAAAAUAAAGAUGGUUUUCAGCGGAACCACUGAGAAAUGCAAGGCUUGCGAGAAGACGGUUCAUUUCAUUGAUGUGGUAUCAGCAGAUGGGAUUCCAUAUCAUAAAACCUGCUUCAAAUGCAGCCACUGCAAUGGACUUCUUGUGAUGAGCAACUAUUGCUCAAUGGAAGGAGUCCUAUACUGCAAGCCCCACUUUGAGCAGCUCUUCAAGGAGACAGGCAGCUACACAAAGAAAUUCCAAACCUCUGGGAACAAACCAAACGGACUGGCAAGGGCUCCCAGCAGACUUUCCUCCUUCUUCUCUGGCACCCAAGACAAAUGCUCAAUCUGCAAGAAAACAGCAUACCCAUUGGAGAAGGUGUCCGUGGAGGGAGAAUUGUACCAUAAGUCAUGCUUCAGGUGCUCCCAUGGCGGCUGCUUCCUCACACCAUCCUCCUACGCAGCUCUGGAUGGCAUCCUCUACUGCAAGCACCAUUUUGCUCAGUUGUUCAAGGAGAAGGGCAGCUAUCUCCACCUGACCAAAUCUGCUUCAGUCAAGAAAAACGCAGAAGAACCAUUGCCGGAACAGAACCCGGAGAACGCUGAACCAGAAAAAAAGCCAGAUGAAGGAGGAGAAAAGGAAGAAGACCCAAAAACAGAAAUCGAAGCUGGAUCGCCCCGCCCACAAGUACAAUCUUGAAACCCCCAUUGAAUCUUCAUGGACUUGUAUUGCUCCGGUCUCGUGAAGAAUAGACGACUCUUUUUGUGUGUUCGCCUGCAUCUGUUAUGAGUUAUGAUUUGUCCGACUUACAAGCCAAUGCAAAGGUGUAGGAAAACCGGAGUUUGUGUCUGUUUCGGUUUACUCUCUCGAGGAAAUUAACCUUGUACGCUGGCAAUUCUGAAUGAACUAUUUGGGGCUCUGGAAAAUGGAAAUGGGAAAUCAUUUUUCCCUGAAUUUCCAUAGCAUUUGAAAUGAAAUUGAAAUCAUAUUCAAUUAAUUAAUUAAUCUAGGGUUU